CACGAGAGUGCAGCAGCUUUCAGCUUGUGACAGCUCCACAGAGGCGGAACCUUUGCGCAGUGACGACGGACCUUUGUAGUGUGGCACAAACAUGGCCGCGCUUCGGAAGGUAACAACCUGCCUCCGUCUCCUCAGGAGUUCAGCUCCUGUCCUGUUCACUAGCAGUAAACCUGCAGUCCACAAAGCGGUCAAAUGGACAAAUAUCGUGUACACGGGGAUAGCGUCUCUAACUGUGGGCGGCGGGCUUUGUGCUGUACCUUUCAGACAGGUUGAAAAUCUCUCUCACGACUCUCUAAUCAAACGAGCUGCCUCUCUGGUUACAGACAGUUCAAGCACUUUUCUGUCUCAGACCAGUUUGGCUCUCAUAGAUGCCAUCACAGAGUACUCUAAAGCUGUGCACACACUAAUAGCCCUCCAAAAAAAAUAUUUGCAAUCACUGGAAAACCUCACUCCUAAAGAAGAGGAUACCAUCUGGCAGGUGAUCAUUGGUCAGCGUUCACAGAUUAGUGACCGACAAGAUGAAUGCAAGCGCUUUGAGUCAUCUUGGGUCAGUGCAGUCAAGCUGUGUGAAACAGCAGCUGAGGCGGCAUACAUCUCGGGAGCUGAACAUGCAUCUAUCACAAUGAGGACCAACAUCCAGGUGGCCCAAUCGCAGGUGGAGAAUGCACAGAAAGUGUCAUUGGAUACAGAUAGGAAGUUAGCCGAGACUAAAGUAAUGGAGGUUGAAAGGGUGAUGCAAUAUGUUGCCUCCUCACAUAAUAACGUUGAAGAGGAGGAGGUGCCUGAGGCGUAUCUAAGAGAAGACUGAAACAAAUGUACCAAAAGAAAA